AUGUAAUGGAUAGCAAAGCAGUUUUAUGGGUUUGCUCCUUUUAAAAAGUGGCAAAAGGUUGAUGAUCUACCUCCAAUUGUUGAUGAAAUUGAUUUUCUUAACAUACAAAAUAUUAAUCAAGGGAAUUAAAUUUAAUAGGGAGAUGAAAAUAUUUUAAUAUUUCUUGACCUGAAGCGAUUGGGAGUCUAAGAAUUAUUAGCUGAGAUCAUAGACAUAUCAUAAAUCAUUAAGGAAUUCAUUAUAAAAAUAUGUUAAAAAUAUUUAACAUCAAUAGAUACUAAUAAAGUGUAAAUGAGAAUUAAUGGAUUGUUAAUGGACAAAAAAUUCAUAUUUAAACAUUAUGCUAUUAAAAGCAAUUAGGUCUUGGAAUUCAUAUAAUUUAAUUAUGGAGAUCCUUACCAAUAGAUGGAGAUUUAUAUAAAAACAACUAAUGGAAAAAAUAUAACCUUAGAAGUAGACAGUUUGAUGACGAUUUUAAAUUUGAAGGAAAAAAUACAAGAAAAAGAAGGAAUAUCUUCAAAUAGUUCAAGAUUAAUCUUUCAAGGACACUCAUUAGAUGAUGAAAAACGGCUAUGGGAAUAUAACAUAUAAACAAAUUCUACUUUGCAUUAAGUUUUAAGAUUACGUGGGGGUUGUUUUCCUGAAUAUGCUCCAAUUAAACUUUUCAAUGGAACAACUAAAAUAAUCAAACAGAUUGAAUUGGGUGAUAUUGCUUUAUGUUAUGACUUUGAAUAAUAAUAAUUCAAAUAAUCGAUUGUGGUGUUUAAGAAAAUAUCAAGUGAAAAACAAUAAUUAAUCUUGUUUCACUUUUUUUGUAAAAAAAAGGUUUUGUUGCUAUCGCAUAAGCUAUGA